AUGCCUCCCACCUUGUUCACUCCCUUCUCGAAGGAAGUCUCGAGACCCACGGUCACCACAAGCCAGGCCUUCCCCAUCAUGAAGCUACCGGUGGAGAUAAGGUUGAUGAUAUGGGAGUACGCAUUACCAGAUGCUCGCGUGUACGAAGUGAUGGACUCGCCAAACGCAAGCCAGAAGACGCCUGCGGCAGCCGGGCUUACGUUUGCCAAUGUUCGGGAUGAGCCUCCACCAGCUCUGGGCGCAGUGUGCCAUGAGACGAGAAUAUUUGUGCUACAGCGCUACAGACCUCUUACCCUAUCAGUCACCACCAAGUACGUCGACCUGUCACGCGACGUCCUGCUGCUCGAGCCGUACUUGCUGGUCAAGCGUCUGCUCCGGACGCUGCAGUUCUUCAGCCAGAUCCCUCUCGUGCGAGACAAUCUUAGCCGACUUGCUUUGGGCACGUCGUACGGGUUGUACACUGGCAUCUGCCACCCCGUCUUGAGUUGGAAAGUCUCCAAAUCCAACAUGACAACGUUACUGGCCCGCCUGGCAAAGUUCCCGAGGUUGCGAAAGCUCCUCUUCGUCGUCCAUCAAGAGUUUCAGUUCGACUUUGAUGUCGGGGCACCCUACACCACGCAUCAUGUGAGCCAUCCAGAAGCAUUACGGCCACAGCUGGUGCACCAGGGAUACCGCUUCAAGUUCGACAUUGAGUCGCAUCUCAACUACACCCAGCCUCGACACCCGCACUCCAACGAGUUCUUGUACUACCCGCUGGACAUCGACGAGGACAAGGACGACUGCUUCGACAAGGACGAUUUGGAGGGCGAGGGUGACCUCUACGAAUCAUGGCCGACAAACGACGACUGGAGACGCUUCAGGAGAAGGUUCCAUAGAUCAAUCCAUCUUGUAGGAAAGGGGUCGCCGGGGAGCCCACAACCAAAGGUCAUGCCGACGUUGGAAGGGGCAAGCUUGCUUUGGAGAUAUAGCAAAGCGCAGCAGUAUUGA